CACAUGAGUGGUCAAUCUGGAAAUAGUGUGGCACUAUAGGGAAUAUCAACAAAGUAAGAGGGGCUGAUUGAAAUUAAAUCUGAAAUUUAUUCAGUCGUUUUAACGAUGCAUCCAACAAGACAGAUUUCACUCCACAGGAGUCGGAGCUCCGGAACCGGCCCCCGUCGAUGAGACAGAUUAUGAAUUUUGGGCAUUCUAUUCAUUGCGCCAUCUCCCUCUGUUGAUUGGCUUUCUUCAACGUAGGGUCAAUCGUUCAGAAUCAUGGAAACUACAACUUCUUUGCUCUGCUCAAGCUCAAAGGUCAAGCCUUUUAACUUCACCCGUAACUUUUUGUUUCCUUCUUCUCUCAGACAAUCCAACAAACACCUGGAAUGCAAAUUCUCUUCAAGCUUUUCACCUGCCCAAUCAACACUCAAGAAUCGUUCCAACAUCCCACUCGGAUAUCCCUUAUUUUAUUCUACCCGAAAAUGCAGCUUUAGCUUCGGUUCAAACUCCAACACUGUUAUAACUAGAUUAUCCCCGGUUCAAUGUGCAUCUUCUUCAUUUUCAAACCAUUCAUUGCGGGAAGCCUUCAAGAACCUUUCUUUGGAAGGUUUAAAGUCGGCCCUUUUGAGUUUAACCCCUUAUGAUGUGUGCAAAUGGGCCUUGUUGCUCUCUAUUGUCGUCGCAGCAUCAAAGUGGACUCUGAAUGCACUAUUCAGCCCGUUCUUGUGGAUGUAUUUCAGCUGGACAUGGCUGUUCUGGCCUUGGACGGGGGCGAUUUUUGUUGCAACUUAUGGUCUUUAUUGCCUCAGCAAGCAUUUACAGGGCACUGCUAAUGCAUUUCAGCAACUUGCCAUUGUUACAGCAGCUUUUACUUGGCUCACUCUAGUUCCACCUGCACAUUUUAAUGGUUUUCUUGAAGGAUGGCCUGUUGUUUUCUUCUUUGUGUACCAUUACUUCUUUUUCUUUAACGUUAAUGUUAGGAAGAGAUUAUAUGGUGAUUAUUACCCUAGGGAGCAUGAUCCGGUUUGGGAUAUUAGCCUUCCCAAUUGGCAGAAACUUUUGUUCUGUGUUGGGGUCAUGAUUGGGCAUUGGCUCGCGGCGUUUGAAGGCCCGGAAUUGCAUCUUAUUCCGGGUGGCUUCGUGGUUAAUUUGGGGAUAUGGGCUUUGAUCAUGAUGACAUUGUUUAUGCAGUACCAUUCGACUCUGUAUUUGGCAAAGUAUUCAGAGAAGGUGGUGGUACCUACAGGGGUUGUGCAGUUUGGACCUUAUAGGUUCGUCCGGCACCCGAUUUAUGCAUCCACCAUGCUCUUGUUUGUGACCUACUUUGCUGCACUUCGAGCGCCAUUGAGUGCAUUGUUUGUUGUUGCUGUUUGCAUUCUGUAUUAUGGUCGAAAGGCCAAUUUAGAGGAAGUCAUGAUGGUCAAGAGGUUUGGGCAGAUGUAUAACGAAUACUCGAGUAAAGUUCGGUACAAGCUGAUUCCCUUUGUGUACUAGAUUUUUGAACUCCUGCAGAUUUUGUAUGUUAGGAAACUUGAGAACAUUAAUGCGACUGCCGAGUUUCAAGUUAUUUUGUUGUUUUUCAGUAGUCUAUCCAUAUAUGAGCUUGUUAGUUAUUUAAUCAAAUAUAUCUCUGGAGUGAGCAGGUUUUUCAGUGUUUCUAUGAUUAUUUUUCAACCUUCCACAUGCCAAUGAGGCAUACACCUUGCAGUCUUCUGCUAAAGUAUAUUUUCAUAUUAUUUGGCAUGGAAUUGGGCGGCAUACUCAGUUAUCAAGUUAUUUUCUCAGUGUUUCAUUUGCCAACACUCAAUUACUUCAUGUAUGAGAUUUAUGGAAAUUGGCAUUUUGAACUUGCAUGAAAUUUCUGAUGAGCGUGAUUAGGCAGAAAGUCCAUCAGUCUAGAAAAACUGGUGAGCUUUUCUAGGACAAAUUUUGAAGUAGUUGUGGUUUCUAGCAUGUAACAGAGUUAUAAGAUGGCCGCAUUCAGUCAUCGGAUGCAACCCCUUCAUGAAGAGGGGAAAAAAGGACCAAUUUCACCAGUAAUUUAGAGGUGGAAUUUACAACUUGUCUGUCUGCUAAUAUUACCUCUAGUAUGCGAUUCUAAUCUCUUAGAUGGAAGUUUAUUG